AUGUCCAGCUACCACCGACGACGGUACGAAAUGGCCGAAGAGAAAUCAAACGCGCGUGGAGGCUUUGGAGAGCGUGAGGGCGACCGGCAGUCCACCGUCGGCAUGACCUCGCCGCUUUUCUACACCCACCGGGACGCAAAGAGGACUGACGCCGGCACGGGGGAAAGCGAGGGACGAGGAGGAGGGAAGAGGCGGACGAGGUACGCAGUCAGAAGCGUCGCGGCUCGCCGUGGUAAGUCUAUCGGACGAGGUCAGGGCUCCGGUAGGGGGCAGACGGUGCGGGGCGGCGCAGGGCAGGGCGGGGAAGCUCGGAGAGCGAUCGGGGUUGGAGGGCGGAAGCGGAACUCGGGUCACGUCGAUGCGAAGUUUGUCAGGGGCGUGAAGCUUCGCGGCGAUUGGGACAGAAGCCGGCGGAGGGGGCCAAUUGGAAGCGGUGGAAUCACGGCACUGCAGCCAGUCGCUUUCCUUGUGCUCGUCACGCCGCAGCGUCGCAGAAGUGAAGACGAUCCAUCGAACGAAACCUUGAAUCGACCGCUGCCGGCGAUUCUGGCGGGCGUGCGAUCGGCGGCGAAUUAA